UAUAAUCAACCGAUAUUUCUUAUGCUCAGUUUUUGUGGGCAACGACACGCCACUAGAACGUCGCCUGGCUAUUGUCAAAACCUUCGAACUAUAGGACAUCAAAUCGACAUUGGGGCACAGCAAUCAACAUCAUGAAUGACGGAUCAGGUAUUUUGGCGAUGAUCAAAGAGGACAUGCAUCAAUUAUCAGAUCAAACAGACAAAGGGAAAUCUAACGAUGGACACAAUUUUGUGCACAUUUUCCCACCUGAACUAAGCAACAAGUUAUUUUCCUAUUUGUCCGACCGGGACCUUUUUACUUGUUCUAGAUGUUGUAUAAGUUGGCGGCAAGUGAUUAACGAUAAUUCUCAAUGGAAGGCACGGUGCAUAAGUCGUGGCUGGGCAACGAUCAACAGUGGAGGAAAUGUGCAUCAGAGGUGGAACUGUAUCAAAUCCCAUGUGUCCAUACAUGAUAAUUAUAAAUUUCGGACAUCGCCUCAAUUUGUUCUUCCGGAAGUUGCAAGUUUGAGAAUCUCACCAAUGUGCGACUGGGCGUUAUACUUUCGUCAAUGCUUGCACAUCAAACGAAGCUGGGACAAGGGGAUUUAUGCCAUCCAUCGCCUUGAAAAUCUAAAAUGCCCUGAUUAUGAGUAUACCACUCUAAAUAAUGACUUUGACUGCAAUGGGAAACUCCUUGUGUGUGGCACAUCCUCAGGAAAAGUUCUUGUGUGGUCUGUAGAAGGAGUGCCUACAUUUCUAGAAAGCAUAGCCGUCGCGAGACGAAGAGUAGAAGUAGAAUGUGUCCUUCUCAGAUCCAACUUUUUGAUUGUACUCUAUCAAAAUGGCCUGAUUAAAGUAUUUGAUACUGGAAAAUUGUCUAAAACUAUCAAUGAGGAUGAUCAACCUAAAUUAGAAUCAGUAUAUGCAAUUAGAGCAACGGGGUCAGAAUCUCCAGAUGGGUUCGAAUUUGUGUUAAAUGCUCAGACCAUCACCGAAGAUGAUGACUACCUCACGAGCUUUGAAGACGAUGAUAACGACCUUGAACUGUGGAUUCGCGAAUUAUUUCGAAUAGACCUUUGGAUGGGAAAUGACGUUGAAGGAUCAAAUAUGAUGAUCCAUGCAAAUGAGAAUAUAGUGGUUCUCACUGGGAUUCUCUGUAAGAGUUUGUUUCUCUGGAAAAUUGGGAAGGGUGACUUUGUUCGUCAUAUUCUGCUACCUGCAGGAUCACAAGUAGUUUACCAGAGCCACCUCUCAGCAAGAUACCUUUAUCUAUCCACAAAGAGACGCAAUGUCUAUGGAAAUGGAAAUCCAUCCUGGUUUGUCACUGUGUAUGAUCUCUCGUCUCUCGAAAACUCGGACGAAAACUCCCCUGAAAUCAAUCCCUUGAUCAUUAUACCAUCUACAAACAUGGUGGAAGAAAUCCGGUCAGAUAGCAAAGAUGCGCGAAUUGUUUUCUCAACCCAGGAUGGAGGACUUUGUUGUGUGCGGUUCGAAAAUAAUGGGUUCGAAUCGCUUUUCGACAAGCAAGCUCCAAGUUUUGUGGAUAAUUUGACCGUUUCUGAUGAUCUCAUCGUAUACCAUCAGUAUGAUGGCUAUCUUAUGGGCAACAAUUGGGCUGGAGAGGAGCUUUUUGAAAUUUCGGCUCAUAUUGGUCUCGUCAAAGGACUACAGAUUUUCGAAAAUUAUCUCAUCAGUGGAGGAGAUGCCAUGCAAUUGUGUGUUUGGGAUGCAAAAACUGGAGAAAGGUGUCACACCGUGUAUCACCAGCCUUGCAGAAUUCAGCAUUUAUAUGCCGACGCCACAAAAAUUAUUACCGUUGGACGAGAAGACCCUCCAGUUUUGGUGGCAUAUUGGUGAAAGAGGUGCAAAGUUAUAUUCAAAAUUAUUUAUUGUUUAAUAUAAUAACUUACUAUAAUAUAGAGAUUUAUACGCGUAUGUAUCCAAAACUUGAGCAUAGUCAUUGGCAAUAUCUCAUCUAAUAUGUUGAAAAUAUGACAUAUAUGUAUGUAUCACCUAUUAUAGUUUAGUAUAUAUAUCUUGUAA